AUGUCCUCCGCAGAUGCAAAGGAUGUGGCCUCGAGCGUCUCGAAGCUGUCGCUUGAUACACAGAACGCCAAACAACCGGCCAAGCCAACACCAAAGAAGGAGCCGGUCGCCGACUCUUGGGAAGACGAGGACCUUUCCUCUGACACCGAAACCGAAACAGAAAGGACCAGCAAUCCGGGUCCCUCUGAGGGAGACCCACACGGGACAUCCGCCCCUCCACCGACACCCGUCACCCCGAGCUACGGCCAAGGGGCAUUCUCGUCCGCGGACCCGUCCGGGGGCUACCACAUAUCGGCAGGAUCGUCCGGCGCCCCCGCGGCCCGGCCAGAAAAGACAGACGCCGUCGCGAGGAGGAUGAUAGCCGGCGCACUGGGCAUGCGGGCGCCCAAGCUGACGGAGGAGCAGAAGAACUACGACAAGGCCGUGCGCGAGAAGGAGCGCAAGCGCAGGGAGGAGGAGAAGGCCGCGCAGAGGCGGAUGGAGGAGGAGGCUGCCAAGGCGAAGGCGGCGAUGUGGGACGACUGA